AUGCCAGACCUCAAAAACAGUGUUCCGUCAGUCCCUCACACGAUGAGCGAAACCCGUCAACUGUCCUCGCAAGCAAUGCCUCCUCCGCCCGUGGCACGGUCGCCCUCCCUCAAUAUUCUUCCCUCGAACCAAACGGCCCACACAUCUGCUACGACGUCGUCCUCCGCUCUUGCUUCACCGCAGCUUCCACCAGCUGCAGUCGCGUCCAACCUGAACUCGGACAACGCCGGAGCUGGGCCCGGUCCGGGACCGAUACGGCAUCCGCGUCCACUGACUGCUGCCGAGUUGCAUCUACAGCUGGAGAAGGAACAGGAGGCUGUGGUCAAUCGUCUUACCCGUGAGCUGUCAAUUCUUCGGGCAGCACAGAAUGCCUCAGUUGUCUCCAAUACGUCGUCGACCUCGGCCAGCGUUAGCGGCGCCGAAGGAACCCCUGCCACAGACUUGAUCUCGGGUUCCGGUUUCUCGAUCCCCUCGACGAGCGGACGCCGGCACCACCGUACAUCUUCCAGCCAUAGUGCACGCAGCCAGGCCAUCAUGGGAACAUCUUUUGGGGCUGGUUCGAUGGUUGGAGGCGGGCCCUUGCCAGCUCCUGCAGGUCGGCCUUCUGCCACUAGUUUGAGCAGACAGAACAGCACUGCUUCGCGACGCAGCCGGGCUAGUUCUCCAAUACCUCCCGUCCAUCACUCGAACCCGAUCGACAUUGCGCCCGGUGGUGGAUACUUCCAAAGGGGCCAGCCUCCUAUGGCAUCCAGCUAUGAACUGUCCCCUGGCUUGAUGCAGGCUACACACCGGUAUGAGGAGGUAGCUUACUACCGAACAGAACUCGAAUCUGCGAAGCGAGAGAAUGAAAUCCUUCGCCGUCGCAUACAAGAGCUUGAGCGAGCCGUCAGGGAUCGUAGGACCAGUGACGCCGGUCGAACGCGGUCGGAGAGCGUCUCGACAACGGCAAGUGUGGCAGCCAGCACCGGCGGCGGCGUGACGACGACAGGAACGGGUGUCAGGGGCGGCAGCGGUGUGGCUGUGGCAGGCCGCAGAGAGGGUGUUGGACGGGAGCGGGUUGUGAGCGUGGCUGGCAGUGUCGCUGUUGGUGUACCAGAAGACGAGGUUCGUGUGGGUGAGAGCGCUGCCAGCGCUGGAUUGGGAACAGCACAAUCUGGGGCUGGUGUUGAGAGAUCGACAACCUGA